CAGAAGUUGCUUCGUGGGAUAAAUGCGGGCUACAUCUGGUCAUAUCAUAGGUUUGCUUCAGCGGACGGUCUCAUAGCAUUGCUACCUAUGACACAUUGGUCUCUUCAGGAGACACUGACAUUCUAGGGAUUCCAGGCCCUAAGAAGAAACGACCAUGCAGAGCACUUCGACAAGCAGUGACCUUCUAACUAGCCGAGAACAAAGAACAGGCAUCCAAACACCCCUACAAGAUGAUCAAAACAUCGAAACUCUGAAAUGGAAGGCCCCGAUACGCGAUAACAUCGUAUACUCUCCUUACCUGGAAAGGCCUGUGCCACGUGUGCCUAUACACGUCGCAGUAAGAGAUGCUCUCCAAAAGUUAGGCCCACAGAUUGCCAUGAUAGACGGAAACGUGAGCAUCACUGCUGCUCAGCUUAUUGAGAAAAUGGAGGCUUACGCGGCCACAUUUCGAUCACAUGGAGUGAAGACGGGAGACCGCAUUUGCUGUCAUUUGUCCAACGGCAUUGAGUCCUUUGCAGCUCUCUACGGUGUCAUAUUCGCAGGAGCGGUUGCCGUACUUGCAGAUGAUGAGCUCACGAAAAAUGAAGUGCUCUUUUACGUAAAGGAUGUCAAGGCUGAAUAUGUUCUCACUGACAAAAGAAACGCUGAGAAGUUCGAGGAUAUCCGGCAAACCCUCAAGAGGUGCUUUCUCAUAGGCAGCGAUAUUCCAGGAUUCCAGUCAGUCUCCAAGCUUCAAGCUAUGAAAGAGAGCACCUCGCAAGACAUUCACUACAUGGAGCAACCGAAAUGUGGCCUGCUGCCAUUUCUUUUACUUCAGUCGACAGGGAUCGGCGAGCUCUACAACAUCGAAUGCUGGACCAGUGGUGAGAGGAUCAAGUCAUCUAACGACCACCUCCCGCACCUUCGAGAAGACCCCAAAGCAGCCAAGUCCGGCACCGUGGAGGAGAUCCGGAAAUGGCAGUGCAUUCAGCAACGGAGCCAGGAAUUGUCGCAGCAGGUAUCUCAGCCUUUGCAAAUUCCAAAUGAUACAAGAAUGCUCGAGCUCGAGGUUCAAAAGCUUCAACUUCAGAUUGAGUACGAAAGGCUGUUGCAGACAAGGACGAGUGCUGAACGUCUCAAUGUUUCGUUGCCGAGCACUGGGUCUGAGCGGGGCGAUCAGAGGCGGAUGGGUUUCGAUUCCAUCGAGCAAUGCGCUAAAGUGCUGAAAGGGUUCCGCCUGCCGUGUGACGCGGAUGUACCAUUAUGGUUUGAGGAAGUAGAAAAACUUUUUGCUACGUACAGGGUACCGUAUGAGAGUCGCGUGCAUCUGGUCAUGCCAGCGCUAACUGAACGCGUCCGCUACCUACUGCGUAACCUCAGCCAGGAAGAAAGUACAGAUUACGAGUCAGUUAAAGAGGCAGUGUUGAUGGAACUGAAGCUUUCUCCGGCAGAGUAUCUGCAGAGGUUUGAGAGAGCAGUGAAGCGUAAGGAGGAGACGUGGUCACAGUUCGCGUCGCGAGUGAAGACGUAUUUCUCUUACUACCUCCAAGUGAGAGGGGCCGACACUGUAGAGGUGAUGGCAGAACUCAUGGUAGCAAAUCGUAUAAAAUCGGGCCUUGGUAUAGAGGGUCUCGAGUACGUGAGGCUACGAGAAGGCGAGGGAUGGCUUAAGCCACCUGAGAUCGCCAAAGUACUACAAACGUUUGAACAGGCAAAAGGCAAGGGGUACGCUUCAAAGCCGUCAGCGGCAGACAUAGGGCAAGAGCCGCCCCGAGUAGGGAAAGGCGCCCUCAAAUGUUACUUGUGUCACGGCUCGGGCCACGUCGCUAAGGAUUGCCCGAAAUCUAGCGAUAAGAUAAAUCAAUCAAAGAGGGCUAUCGAGCCAAGGCAGAGGGUACAAAAUAUACCUGAGGGAAGUGAGAUUCCUGAUGGAAUCCUUACUGCAAAUAUAAAAGCCGUGAGACGCAACUGUGAAGGGAUGACUAAAGUACAGUUAAUUCAUAUCUCAUGCGGAGAUGUAUCCACAGUUGCGAUUAUGGAUACAGGGAGUGAAAUAACUGUUAUACGGGAGAAUCUGCUUCCGAAAAGUCUCGUGGAGCCGUCAGGCACGGUAAGAUUGGUGUCUGCUUUUGGGAAAAUUAUCCAGGCAAAACUGGCUACGUUGCCGGUAAGGUUAAAUAGCCCGAAUAUGGCUGCGGAACCUCAGAACGUCGACCUACUCUGUGCGUUGACUAAUGAGCUCAUCGAGGGCACGGAUUGUUUGUUGACCCAUGAAGAUUUGGAACUGUUGUUGAAGGCCAACAGCUCUGUGCCAUACCGUGGAGCACCGGCCGAGCCUGUCCAUGUGUUAGAACAAUCAAAUGAGUCAGUAAGCCGGAGAGAUGAGUUCAUGAAGCCCGCGCGCGCGGUCAUCCGGGGCAAGCAAGAUUUCUUGUCAGCCGAGUUCCGUGCCGAGGUGGAGUGCGAGGCCGAAGGCUCCCUGCCACCGGCGCUCGUUUCCUGGUGGCUGGAUGGCGUGCGCCUGAAUGCGUCGCUCGCUCAAACACGGCUGUCGGCAGGUGGCAACGUGACCACCUCGCUGCUUGGCUUCGUGCCCAGGGCCCGGGACAACGGCCGCCAGCUCAGGUGCGUCGCCACCAACCCCAGGAUGCCCGGACACGACCAAGUGGCCGACCGCUGGGUGCUACAGGUGCACUGUGAGUAG